AGGUCUGUACGCCAAGAGUCUGCAGCGAGGGAUGUCUCUCGUGUAGUAAGUGCGGGAGUCGUGCCCCGUUCAGAAAGCAGAGGAAGGCUGAACCCGAGCCAAUGGAUUGAGCGAGUGAGACAUACCAGCCAGGCAUACCUCUGCAUGUUGGAGUUUGUACCCAAACUGAACAAAGAAUAAAUCCAGCAUUGUGGCCUUCACUGAAAAGAAUCCGUUCCUUUUCAAAGUGACCAAGGAGCUAGCAGGGAGCUAUGUCUGAAGAGGCUGAAAAAAUGGAAAAACAGCCUCCUGACCCUCCACCAGACCCACGCUGGAAGUUCCUUGUUACCUACCUCUGUUUCUACGGCUUCAUGAGCCAGAUUAGACCUGGGGAGAGCUUCAUCACACCUUACCUGUUGGGAUCUGAGAAGAAUUUCACAAAGGAACAGGUGACCAAUGAAAUUACACCUGUCCUGUCAUACUCUUACAUGGCAGUAUUAAUACCCAUCUUUCUACUCACGGACUACCUGCGCUACAAGCCAAUGUUGGUGCUACAGAGCUUGAGCCACAUUGCUAUCUGGCUUCUGCUGAUCUUUGGUACCAGAAUCAUUGCCAUGCAGUUCAUGGAGUUCUUCUAUGGCAUCACGAUGGCUACGCGGAUAGCCUACUCCUCCUACAUCUUCACCCUGGUCACCCCGUCGCGUUAUCAACGCAUGGCCAGUUAUUCCCGGUCUUCAGUACUGAUGGGUGUCUUCACCAGUUCCGUGUUGGGACAACUCUGUGUCACAGUUGGAGGCACCACUUUCAUGACAGUGAAUUAUAUCUCAUUGGGUUUUAUGUGCUUUGGGCUGCUCUUGACCCUCUUCCUGAAGCGUCCGAAACGCAGCCUCUUCUUCAACAGGAACAAGAGCUGGUGUAAUGGUACCUCACCUUCAGAACUGGACAAAAUGAACUCUGGGGCAGGGGAGCCUAUGUGGCAUAAGGCCUCUUCCUGGAAAAAUCUGAUCUUAUUCCGGAUGGUAAAGGAGUUGGGGACUAUUGUACAAAUGCCGCAGCUGAGACUUUGGUCCCUCUGGUGGAUAUUCAAUUCUGCUGGCUACUAUCUGAUGCUUUAUUAUGUGCAUAUUUUAUGGAAUGAAAUAUACCCCGCCAGGGACAAUAGAAAGGUCUACAAUGGUGGAGUAGAAGCUGUUUCUACCCUGCUUGGUGCCAUCACUGCUUUUUCUGCUGGCUUUGUGAAGAUCCGAUGGGCCUUCUGGUCAAAACUGGUGAUUGGGGUUAUGACAGCAGUCCAGGCAGGCCUACUGUUGUUGAUGAACACAACUGCCAAUAUUUGGCUGUGCUAUGUGGCCUAUGUCCUUUUCAGGGGCUCCUACCAGUUUCUUGUGCCUAUAGCCAUUUUCCAGAUUGCAUCUUCGCUGUCCAAAGAACUCUGCGCUCUGGUGUUUGGUGUCAACACUUUCCUAGCCACAGUUCUCAAAACCAUCAUCACUAUCAUCAUAACUGAUAAGAGUGGUCUGGCUCUCUCAGUCCAUCCCCAGUUCUACGUUUACUUCGUCUACUUCACUGUUCUGGCCAUACUGUAUCUUUUGUCAUUUGUGUACAUGAUGGCAAGGCACAGUGCCUGCAAGACACCCCAAGAAGUGGCCACACCAGCCAAAGAACUCUCCAGCCCAAUUGAGGAGAACUUGGACAAGGAGGGAAGCCCGGAACUGGCUACUUCCAAAGCCUGAGAAACACCACAAUCUGUGUACUACGUGGAGAUGGAUUUUCCUGCAAUGUCUCAGUUGAGAUGAGACCAGUUGCAGCUCUCAAGGCAAUCAGCACUUAUCACAGUCAGUGCAUCCCUAUUUUCACAAUAUUGGAUCUCUGCAGAAGCUCAGAGAAAACCUGGCUUGGUUUCAGAUGCAACUUUGGUGCAGUUGACUUUUCUGGCAGCUACAGUUCUCCCUGUUUCUUCUACAGGCACUUUCCUCUUGAGCCAAGCUAUACUGAAAUAUUUACCAAUAUUAUAAUUGGAGCACUUAAUUUUAUGACUGUAUGAAUUUGCUUUUAAACAUUUGUGUUCCUAGUUCUGGCAUGUAAAUUUGCCAGUCACCAGAGCAAGUGAGACUAAGGCACUUUUAAUGUUGGUACUGGUUAAUAUACUGUGAUGUGACUCUUAG